AUGGCUGUUGUGGCACCUAAUUGCGAGCUAUGUGGAGCCCCUAGGAACAACACUCCCGAAUGUCAAUUAUUGGAUGAAAUUCCGUUCGACCAAUUGAAUUAUGCCCAAGGAAACCUCCCGACAACUACUACUUCUCCUGGUUAUCAAAAAGUCACACCCAUUGCUCCUCAAGCGCCUAAGAAGUCGAAUCUUGAAAUAAUGAUGGAAAACUUUGUUGCAUCUAAGACUAAAAAGAAUAAGGAAUUUAUGAAUCAAAACAUUAAUAACAAUGAGUUUAUGAAACAAUUGGCAAAUAAGAGUAAGUUGAAUGUUGAUAGUACAGUAAAACUUACUGAAGAGUGUAGUGUCAUAAUACAAAACAAGAUGCCACCAAAACUUAAAGACCCAGGGAGUUUCUCAAUUCCCUGUGUUAUAGGGAAAUUUGUUAUUGAUAAAGCAUUGUGUGAUUUAGGAGCUAGUGUGAGUCUAAUGCCCCUACAGAUUAGUGAAAUACUCGACCUUGGAAACCUUAAACCUACUAGAAUGUCAUUACAAUUAGCCGAUCAUUCAGUCAAAUACCCUAUAGGAAUCCUGGAGAAUGUCCCCAUGAGAAUUGGUCAACUAUACAUUCCUACGGAUUUUAUAGUAAUGGAUAUUAAAGAAGAUUUAGGUAUUCCGAUUCUGCUAGGAAGACCAAUUUUAGCUACCGCAGGGGCAAUAAUAGAUGUAAAGAAAGGAAAGCUAAUUUUUGAAGUAGGAUAG